AUGAACAUGGUGGUGUCUCGCCAUGCAGCGCGCGGGUGGGAGAAGGGCCUGUGCGCCAUGAGCCACACUCCUAUAGGCGGCCACCCGCAAGGUUGGGAGCACAAGCUUGCUGAGAGGUCGUCGCUGCCGCCAGCUUCGGGGGAGGAGAAGAGCAAAUCUCAGUCCAAACAUGUGUUCACACAACCGCAUCUGUCCAAAGUUGGCAUGGCGUGGCGCGAGCAGACGGAAGGCUCGUCGGGAAGCUCGGCGCGCUCGCCCGCCUCGCCGCCGUACAUGCGCUGGGCCCGCAGCCUCCACGAGUUGCUCGAGGAUGCGGAGGGAGUGCGUCUGUUCCGCAAGUACGUGGGCGGCGCGGGCGGUCUGCACGUGGACCGACUCAACUUUUACUUCGCGGUGCAGGGCCUGCGUCAGGAGAGCGACCCCUCCAAGAUACGACAGGUCGUCUCCGCUAUUUACAAAUUCCUGCGCAAGUCUCAGCUAGCGAUGCCCGAAGAGUUAAAGGCGCAGGUGAAGCAGAGCCUGAAGGAUGGCUCUAACAUUGAGAAGACUAUAUUCGACAAUAUGGAGCAGGAGGUGACGCGCGCCAUAACGGAGUCGACGUACCAAUCGUUCCUGCGCUCGGAGGCCUACGUGUCGUACGUCAGCGCCGCCACGCAGCCGCUCUCCUCGCCCGACACCGACCCGCCGCAUCUUGUCCGAGAGAUGGCGACGGGCGGGCUGGCGACGCUGCACGAGGGGCAGGAGCUGGCGGCGGGCGGCGCCCCUCCCCCGCGCCUCACGCACGACGCGCUGCUGGCCACGCAGUCGCGCCGCCUGCACUCCGACGUCGCUCCACAUCGCAAGCGCUCAGUAUACAGCGCGCACGUGUCGUACGGCGGGUACUGCCCCGCCUCGCGCCAGGACUCCGAGCGCGCCUCGCUCAGCUCGGGCCGCACCGACAGCGACGCCGUCUCGCUCUCCGGCAGUAGUGUCGAUGGGAUGUCGGUUCGGGGCGUCCGCGAAUCCCGCGAGUCAAGACACCGGCCGCGGUUGCACGGACUCGACCGGCACGCCGUUAUCAACAAGGAACAGGAUACUGCCAUGGUGAUCCCGCGCACGGCGCGCGUGCAGUCGGAGCAGCUGCGCGUGCUGCCGCCCAGCGAGUUCGCGCCGCUGCUCAUCGAGAAGCUGGAGCGCGUGCGGCGCGACCAGGACGCCAAGGACCGCCUCGAGAAGAGGCUCGCCGAGGGUGAUGGCGAAGAGGUGCAGUCAAGUCAGGCGUUACCACCGCAGUUGGUGGCGGCAGCUAUACGUGAGAAGUUACAACUGGACGACGACAACGAUCAAGACAUCCUAGAUCAGCACGUGUCGCGCGUGUGGUCGGAGCGCACGCCCGGCGCGUCCCCCCCUGGAGGGCGGCGCGCGCGGCCCCGCCACGCGCCCGCCUCGCACGCGCCGCACGCCUCGCGCCGCGCGCCCUCCGCGCUGUCGGCCGACUCGGGCCACUACGACGCGCCGCCCGACUCGCUGCACCACCCGCACUCGCUCACUCGCAGCCACGCGCCCUCCGCGCUGUCGGCCGACUCGGGCCACUACGACGCGCCGCCCGACUCGCUGCACCACCCGCACUCGCUCACUCGCAGCCACGCGCCCUCCGCGCUGUCGGCCGACUCGGGCCACUACGACGCGCCGCCCGACUCGCUGCACCACCCGCACUCGCUCACUCGCAGCCACGCGCCCUCCGCGCUGUCGGCCGACUCGGGCCACUACGACGCGCCGCCCGACUCGCUGCACCACCCGCACUCGCUCACUCGCAGCCACGCGGCCCUCCGCGCUGUCGGCCGACUCGGGCCACUACGACGCGCCGCCCGACUCGCUGCACCACCCGCACUCGCUCACUCGCAGGUAUGUCACUGUAUAGCCACGCGGCCUCCGCGCUGUCGGCCGACUCGGGCCACUACGACGCGCCGCCCGACUCGCUGCACCACCCGCACUCGCUCACUCGCAGGUAUGUCACUGUAUAGCCACGCGGCCUCCGCGCUGUCGGCCGACUCGGGCCACUACGACGCGCCGCCCGACUCGCUGCACCACCCGCACUCGCUCACUCGCAGCCACGCGCCCUCCGCGCUGUCGGCCGACUCGGGCCACUACGACGCGCCGCCCGACUCGCUGCACCACCCGCACUCGCUCACUCGCAGCCACGCGCCCUCCGCGCUGUCGGCCGACUCGGGCCACUACGACGCGCCGCCCGACUCGCUGCACCACCCGCACUCGCUCACUCGCAGAUCAUUCUCGAAGAAGACCGUGACGGAGUUGACGGACAGCGGCGUGUCGGUGGUGAGCGAGGGCGUGGGCGUGGAGCCGCGCAUCCUGCUGUGGAUGGCGGAGGGCGAGCGCCUCGAGCGCCGCGCCCUCCGCGACCUCUCGCGCGGCUCCUCCGCCGACCGCGACGAGCACCGCCGCAAGGACAAGCAGCAGCCCAGGACGCGUGGCAGUGGCAGUAAGUCGAGCAGUACCAGCGGCGGAGGUGCGGUGGAGACCCACACAGUUGUGGUGGUGACGUUCCUGGACGAGAAUGUGCCCUACAGGUUCAAGGUACCCGCCUCGCCCCUCACGCUCAAAACCUUCAAGGAAUAUUUGCCGAGGAAGGGCAACUAUAGAUACUUCUUUAAAACAAACUGUGCCGAUUUGGACACGGUUAUCCAAGAAGAGGUGAGCUGCGAUUCAGAGACGCUUCCAAUGUUCGAGGGGAAGGUCAUGGCGCGCGUCAAGAGCAUCGACUAA